AUGACAACCUUCCAGUCACAGGAGUACAGACCCUUCAACCUCUUGGAAAGAGACCGGAAACAGGGCAGGUUAUGUGACUUCACAUUCUUUGUAGGUUCUACUAUUUGGUAAUUCUGAUGUAUUCAAAGGCGAAUGGUGUGCGCAUUGUGGCGCACAAGGUUGUUCUCGCAGCCACGAUCCCCUUCUUUAGAGAGGCCUUCCUUCAUGGCGGGGAAUGUGCCGAAUUCGAGGAGUUGGAGGGGCUUUCGCCUGAGUAAGUAUGCCAUAUGAAAUUUGCCUGACGUAUUUUAUAGGAUGAUAGAAAUGAUCAUUAGUUUUGCGUACAAUGGAAGGAUUGAGAUUACGGAAGCCAUCUUGGGUGAACUGGUGGAGGUGGCUAAAAAACUGCGAAUAGACAGUUUGAGGGCACGGUGUGCUGAAUACAUUUCAACGCGGUAAGUUACCCGAACCCUUUGACUCCAACACUUUACGGAUUUGUGGUCUUAACGGCAAGAUUGGACUUGGCAAAUUUACUCGUGAUGUGUUAUUUGAUGGACUAAACGGCAGUUACAACUGAGUUUCAAGAAAGAAUCUGAUGGUGAAAUAAUAUAAGUAAGCAAUUUCUGGCGAGAUAAUUGUAGUUAUCUGAGACAGCCCAUGUGUGCUAGUCUGAAUUACAGUGAUGUUAGGUCGAUUUAUGCAGUGAUUGUUCGUCUUAAAUUUUCUUUUAACCUAAAAAUCAAAAGGGACAUAUUCUAUUUUGAGUCCCAACACCAAUGUUCAUCUAGGUCUGAAAUUAUUGAAAAAGAAAAUGUAUAUAUAUAUAUAUAUUUAUAUUUAUAUAAUAACUAAAACCUUUCUUGUGGGUAGUUGAUGAUUAUCUGAGACAGACAGUAUGAGCUAACCUGUAUUAGAGGGAUCUUUGAUCGAACUAUGUGUCGACUGUCCACAUUGAAAGUUCUUCUAUCCUGACAGCUGGAAGGCACUCAUUACAAUUUAAGUUAAAGCAACAAUGUACAGCCAAGCGUGAAAUCCGUGAAACAUUAAGUAACAUAGUUAUUUACAUUAGUUGACCUUAAUCAUGGAAUAAGUCCAAAGCUACGAAAAAUCUUUAAUCAUUGUCGAAACGCGUCCGAGUGCAUCCAGCCAAACACCAAAUUGACGAUGCGUCACCGUCAGUUAGAUUAAAUAACAAGAGAAAUAUUGAGAAAAACCAAUUUAUUAGUAAGAAAUAAACAUUAACUCAAGUAAAUCAGAAAUGCCGGAAGGGCAAAAAUUCGCGUCAAAUUGAUUGACUUAAUUUUAGAAUUGCGCGAAGCCUGUCCGUGCAUAUUACAGAGUAAACAAAGCGACCUAGACAGGAAAUUUUAAAAGGCUGAUCUUUAUACAUGAUUGCACUGGAAUUGUCCCAUGAUCUGUAAGACACCCCACCGUACAUCGAUUCGCAAGUGGUAGUUGUGAACUUUCGAACAAUCACAGAUCGUUCGGCUUGGCAUCAAUCUGCUGCAAAGUCACAAAGACCAUUAAAAAGACAUUCAUGAGUUCUUUGAAAGCCCACUAUAUCUUGUCCAAUGUACAAUACGACUUUCUUAAGGGAAGAUCGUGUAUGGAAAACUUUCUCUACAAAAUAUAACGCUGGUCAGGCAUACUCAGUGAAAAAAACACACUUCGCAGGCCGCCUACAUUGAUGUGAUGAAGGUUAUUGGCGGUAGCCAUCAUUGUAAUGUCUAGCUGUAGCGGUUGUGGAUGUCGAGGAUAGCACACAACACGGUAACGUAGCACGGGGAUUAGAUCCUGGAUAAGACCGAUCAGAAUGGAGUCGUUAACUCUUCACAAUACUCAUUCACACGAAAGGAAGUGAGAAACGUUAGGUUGGAAAUAAAGGCAUAACCGAAAUAGAUGGAAGUGUCACUUCACCCAAAUAACUCUACACAGUUCUUAGUGUCGUUUCAUAACGUCCUUGUUUAACAUCCCACCACCCUCAAGAUCAUUCAUUUUUGGCAGCGAGUAAUCGUCGCCGGCUACUGUGUCCCUUAUUCUGGUGACUUUUGUCCUUUCCUACUGUUCGGGGCUUGACCUGAGUACCAACGUCUCCUAUACAAACUGAGAAUAGUGGGUAUCAGGGACAAACCUCUUAAAUGGAUCGAAAAUUUCCUCAUCGGCCCAUCUCAGUUUGUCUGUGUAUAUCAUUAGCAAUCAAAGCGUACAGUCAUAAUGGAUGAAGUCUCACAUGGUUCAGCGCUAGGAUCGACCCUGUUCCUCUUGUUUACCACUUAUUGUGUACAAGAAUCGGACUGGGACUGUGUCAUGUUCGCAAACGAUAUAAAAUCUGGAAAGUCAUUCGCAGUGCUGCCGACUAAGCGGACUUCUAAGAAAAUCUUUGUCCGUUGGAAGAGUGGUCCCGUAGACGGCUCCGGUCAUUCGACUGAAACAAAUGCACCACGCAUCGUCUUGAUAGUCGAUACCGAGUCUCUGAUAGGUGCAUCUACCAUCUAAACGGGAUACCACCUCCAGAAGCCGAAACGCAGAAUGAUCUCGGCGUUUUGAUGGCCAACACGCUACAGUCUUCUGAACACUCUUGUAAAGCGACUGAGGGCACAACCACAGAGCUGUACGCUAUCAAGCGGACAUUCACAGUCUUCGACGAAGACAGCAUCUCCAGAGUCUUUGGUAAGCCUGUGAGGUUUAAACAUGCGGUUCAGACUUGGAGACCAUAACUUACUCGAAAGAGCGCAGAGGCUAGCAACAGAGUUACUAGGAGGUCAAUGAGCACUGUUAUACGAGACCCGCUUAGCUGACCUAAAUCUCUAUCCUCUGAAUCAUGUGCAAUUACGCGGGGGCUUGAUAGGGACUUUUGGUUACGUUCGUGGUUUGGACUGCGUCUCACGGUGUGGGGACAUCUUCCAACUCGCCACAGCAACCAACCUCAGGAGGCUUCCUUCCAAGUAAAUGUGUCCCACGGAAUACUGUAUGUAGAAGAGUAUUUUUCCACAAGUCGUGUAGUGGAACCAUGGAAUAACCCGCCCGAGGCGACUGUGAUGUCUCAGUCUGUGGAGAUAUUGAAAUAUCACCUUGACAGACACAUGUUUUAGCAAGAAUCGGACUGCGUGAUUACGAAGUCUUAAAAACAAACGCACUUAUGUGAAGCCAGGUAUGCUUCCAAUUAACACUGUAACUUCCCUACGUUAUGGCUAAUUCCACGAAUUUGUAUGAGAUAAAUGAGGAAUCGAAAGGCGUAAGUACAUUUCCCUCAAAUACACCGGACGGAAAUUCACACAGUUAUGAGCGUACUGUUUGUUCUUGUUUUUUAAAGCUUUUUGUUAGAAUUUUAUGCAACGUUCUCCGUUUUCGUAUUGCUCAAGAUGAAGCUGAUCAAAAGAGAGAGAAUUUACCUGAUUUAGCUGAUAGGAGCGUCACAGGUCGCAUGCCGAGAGGCCGGCGAGCGACUCAGAAAUUGAAGUAGAAUUGGCAGACUCGAUUGUAAUCAUGUCCUUUUCUGAGCAUUAGAAGAACUUUUCUUCAUUUAUAUUACUGUGUGUGUUUUGACGACGGUGUAGUCGGCUGAGUUGCAGGGUGCAUUUUACAUAUUAAUGAACUCUUCGCAGAUUUUCGUAUUCUUAAUCGACAGUUCAAAAAUGAUAGUUUCUGCACUUUGUCUGCGAAAGCCCCCAAAAUAAGACAUAUUUUAAGAGCAUCAACCUAACGAUUAAGCUCUUAGGCAUCACCAAAUAUGUCACCUCAUCAGUUGCUUAAAAUGGACGUAAUAAAUAUAAUAUUGCUCAAGCUAUUAAAGAUAUGUCCGUUCUGUUUUUAAAUAACGUAUUAGCAGAAAACUAGACGGCGCAGAAUGUAUCUUAAAACGUGCUCGUAAAUUCGAAUAGCCGCCCGAAGGUGGCCAUUUGCAUUGUUUCUUAUAGGAUAUCCGCAGAUAUCAGUAAAUAUGGAUGUUUCAAAACAUAGGAUUGUCUGUAGGCACACGAUCAAAGUGGUCUACAAAUCCGAAUUUUUUAAAUUAAUAAUUAUCUAACUUUUUUGAAAAUGACGUGCUUGAUCACACUCUGUUUCAUAUUAAUUACGCGAAGCCAAAAACACAAUUUCGGGAUGGCUGACAUUUGGAUUGGCAAACGCUUACAGUUAAGGUUGCUGCACUCAUGUAGAUAAGUGACAGUUCGACCAUCGGUUUCUAUGAUGUCCACUGUGUGCCCCACAGUUGCAGCAGCAAUGGGAGCAGGGACGGUGACUUAAGCAGGGGUUUAUAGUGCCGGUAGACUUACCAAAUAUAUAUUUGGCGUCUCAUUACCUUCUUAAAAUGGACGUAAGAAAUGUAAUAUUGCUCAAGCUGUUAAAGGUACAUUAGGUAGGCUAACUCAUGAAAUGCCAACCGAAAUUCCGAAAUGCGUUUUCAUUUCGAAAAGAUAGAUUAAGUAGGUUUGUAAAAGUGGUCAGUCUACGACAUACUUCUAUAAUAUUUUAGCUACCCCAUGAUGUUGGCUUUUGAAUGAACUUCCUUCCGGCUGCAUGCAGAAAUUACACUCUGUAAAAAUGGCUACUUAAUUGGCAUAAAUUUUUAUCUUUGAUUUUCGAUGCCCUCAAAUGUCUAAUGAAAUUUCAUGGAAAACAUGCAUAAACCUAUUCAUUCUUCUACCUAUUCGGUGUUAAAUUACGUCUACUUUCAAUUUUAUACUCGAAGGAGGGCAUUUAAAUACCGUGAAAAGGCCGUUCAUGAAUUUACAUGUCUCUGCAUUUACCAAUGUGGCUUGUAAAGUUAACAAUGUGGAUCAAAUCCACUGUUAAAUUUUAUGAACCCUGUACGGUCCCCCUUUAUUACCGUAGAGAAAUCUGUGAUUUUCCGCACGCGGAACAUAUACGACUUGUAGAUUGGAAAUCCAGAAUCCAAGUGCAACGAUAGAGCGAGUUCAAAAUUAUUCGGGAAUUGGAAAAGUUUUUGGAAACCGAAUCAUACCCUUGCUUUGUGUAUAAAAUUGGAAGAAGAUGUCAUUGUCUACCGAAUGAGCAAGAGAAUGAAUAAUUAUAUGCAUGUUUUCCAUGAAAUAUAAUUUGACACUUAGGGGCAACGAAAAUCAAUGAGAAAAAUCAUGCCAAUUAAGUAGUCGUUUUUUUUACAGUGGGUAGUUUUUGCAUGCACCCGUAAGGAAGUUCAUUCGACAGCCGACAUCCUGCGGUAACUGACAAGUUUGGACUCACCAAAUAUGACACCUCAUCACCUGCCUUAAAUGGACGUAAGAUAUGUAAUAUUGCUGCAGUUGUUAAAGCCAUGCCCGAUCUGUUUCUAAAUUACGCAUAAGCAGAAAACUAGACGACACAGAAGGUAUAUAUAUACAUAUAUAUAUUCGAAUGGUCGCGUGAAGGUGCCCAUUUGCACCGUUUCUUAUAGAACACUCGCACAUAUCAGUAAAUAUGGAUUCUUCAAAACAUGGGAUUGUCUGUAGGCGAUGUUACAACUUUUAGGACGCAAGAUCAAAGUGCUUUACAAAGUCGAACUGCUUAAAUUGAAAAAGUGUGUGAUGUUCUCAAAAUAACGUACUUGUUCACACUCUGUUUCAUAUGAAUUACGCGAAGCCAAAAACACAGUUUCGAGAUGGACGACAUUUGGAUUGUCAAACGUUUCCAGAUAGGGUUGCUGCACAAAUGUAGAUAACCACGUACUACAGCACCGACUUGGUCCAGCGCAUUUAGUAUCAUAGGAAAGUACUCGAAUAUAAGGUGACUUUGAUUUAAGCUCAAAUUGCAAAAACUAAUCUGCAUACAAAAAGGAUCAUUUGCGGAGCGAGUAAGACGAAUAAGUAAACUGCACAACGUUUAAGAUGUCCAAAAAUUAGUAUCACCGUUUCCAUCGUCACGUUCCGUGAGUUAAAUCACACACUAUGUGCAUUCACAUGGAGAGUGGUAGUUUACUCAUGGUAGGGUUCAACCUUCGGGGUAAAUAUUUUCUCAGUCAACCCGACUGGCGCAUUCAAGACAAAACAGCAAGACUCCUUUUUAUGCACUUCCGAGGCUACAGACGUGUGCUGAUGGUCCACCACAAUGCUUCAAGUCACAGCAUUGCGCCAUCAGUCCCCAACUCCGUUCUGGGCUUUCUGAAUUUCGCAGACUCUUCCAUUCCUCAUCGAAAUAGUAAAUUGGAUUGGUGGCGAUUACCAAUUCCAGCAUGUACUGCGCAAGCCUAUUUCCCCAAAUAUACUGAACUGAACUUCACGUAGUUAAGUGCUCACUGCUUGAUCAUUUUCUUAAAUAGCUUUCUCCAAGAAUUUUAUGCAAGUUUUCUCCUUUUCUUAUUGGCCGAAGUGACGCUGAUUAAAAUGACGAGGAUUUCGCUUAAUUUUGCUGAUAGAAGCGUCAUAAGAAAGCCACUUUUCAUAAAAAUGCAUGUUGAGAGGCCGGCCAGCGGCUAAGAAAUUGAAGUAGAAUUAGCAAGUGAAGUCGUAAGCAUAUCGUAUUCUGCAUAUAGAAAGACGGUGAAGUCGGGCGAGUUACGAGGUGCCUUUUAGGUCCAUGAAUGCUUUGCAGAUUCCAGUAUUCUUAAUUGACUGCUCAAGGAGAGAGGUCCUGCGUUUCAUGUUUAUCAAAGCCUCCAACAUAAUAUAGCUCAUAAAAGUGUCUACCAAAGCAAUGAGUGCUUGAGCAUUCCUUUUCAUGCUGAUGGCCGUUCGGAUGACAUUUUUAGAUUCGCCAAACAUGAAACCUCACCGUCGACAUAAAGUGAACGUCCAUAACCAAGGCAUUAGACGAAUAUGCUUUUCUACCGUUUAAGACUAGUCUCUGAUGAGUUAAUCCCUAAAAAGCGCUUUAGUAUGGUAUUUUGCCGACUGCCGUCCAUGCACAACAUCUAUCUUAGUGUGAAUUCCCCAAAAAUAAGUUAUAUUUUUCUGUCGCAGACGACAGAACUGGCAUUCGUUUCAGAUCGCAAUCAUUUUUGUUAUCAUUGUUACCUUUAUGAUUCCUUUUACGAUAAACAAUAUUCCACAUGAGGGGGUGAACCUGUUAACGCUGUGCGGGUUCUGUUUCUCAAUUACACAUUAGCAGAAACUAGACGGUGAAAAAAAGCAUCAUGCCAUGUUCUGGAGAGUUCAAGUGACCGUUCGGAGAUUGUGUUUGUAGACUUUCUUUUAGUACACUCAAAAUCAUUUACAAAUCCGGAUUUUUUAAAUUGAGAAAUGUGUCUGUUUUUCUCAAAAUAACGUGCUUGUUCACAUCCCAUCUCACCUGGCAUACGCGAAAGGAAAAACAGUUUCCGGGUGGACGAUACCUGCCUUGUUGAAUUCUUCCACUCCAGAUCACUGUCCUCCUAUAGAUAAACACGUUUGAAUGCACAAACUUGGUGUACGGUAUUUAGUAUCCGAAUAUGAGGUGACUUUAACUUAAGCUCAAAUGGCAAAACUGCUCUGAACACAAUUAUUUAAAACGGAUUCUGCUUACAAAAAGGAGCAUUUGCGGGACGCGUAAAGCGAAUAAGUAAACCGCACAACGUUUAAGAUUUCCCAAAAUAAGUAUCUCAAUUUGCUUCAUCAGGUUUCAUGGGUAAGAUCGCAAACUGUGUGCAUUCACAUUAAGAGUGGUAGUUUAAAGUGAAUAAUUUCAGAAAUCACUCACUGCAGGACUUGGAGCUAAAUAUCCGGGACAUGACUUUUAGGGUCAAAACCGAAAUUUCAAUGAACAUUCGAGUCGAAUACAAUUAACUACUGUGGAAUAACCAUGUAAUGCCCAUUCUACAAACAAGCAGUAAUUCGAGUAGUAUGAAAUCCAUAAGGUAAAGGUAUUAUACCGUAUUCUCGACACAGAUACUUGCUAAAAGCCCAGACACGUGUUUCGCCCAUAAUCUGCCGCUGCGUGACACAGCUGCGAGGGGUUCGGCACUUCAGUGAGAUUCCGAAAAAGUCAUGUCCCGGAGAUUAACUCCAGGUCCUGUUAGUUCACGCAUGGUAGGGUGCAACCCGCGGGGUAAAUAUUUUGUCAGCCGGCCCGGCUGGCGUAGGCAGGGCAAAACAGCAUGACUCCUGUUUAUGCACUUCCAAGGCUACAGACGUGCGCUGAUGGUCCACCACAAUGCUUCAAGUCACAGCAUUGCGCCAUCAGUCCCCAACUCCGUUGUGGGCCCUCUGAAUUUUGGCACACUUCCCCCUCCCCACCAAAAUAAUAUCAGGCAUUGGGGUUGACUGCCAAAUUGAGCUUGCACCGCAAAAUACACCUCUUCCAACGUGUUCAUGUUUAAUUCAAUGCUUUUAAUGCCAGUUAAAAUAACAGGUCCUAAGUACCCAGCAGCAUAUGCUGGUUUUACCCACACAUUUCUGUCGCCAGCUUAAGCCUCAACUCCAUCCACCUCGUCCUGGAGCUGGCACACAAUUUUGCCAUGGAGGACAUUGUUGAGGCGUGUAUGCAGGGCUUUGCGAAUGCUUUUGACGCUUGCAUCGAUGAGGGCGUAAUCUGUGAAAUUGGAGAAGAGGAGUUCUGUUCCCUUCUGACGAGGCCUGAUCUGCGCAUCAAGGGUGAGGCCUCCCUUCAUCGCAGCAUCGUCUGCUGGUUGGAACAUCGCAUUACUGAGGGGGACUUUCGGGCAUCUGGGCAGAGCGUGUUCGAGUUUCUUGCGUCCUAUCCGCACCUUUUCGGGACAAUCUGUUCGCUCUUCUUAAAGGUGGACAAAGCCGUGCACUUCAUGUGCUCUUCAGAUAAGUUACCAUUCAGGCAAGUCUCUUGUCCAGCAUAUCGGUAAUUCUUGCUCUAUUGCAGGUUAAGAUGUCCGCGUUUUAACUGUUGAGCAACUGUUUGCUCGCCUGCAUUGUUCACUCAACUGAAUGCAUACGUUUCGAACCGUGCUCGGUCUUUCUGCACUUUCACAGUUUGCAUGUUUACCUUCACGGGGUACACUGAAGCAAGUGAUUUUUAGCCAUACUUUCAGCUAGGAGAAUUAUAUGAGCGAGCAAAUCGAUGCUGAUUAGCGGUACUUAACGCAUUUUCGUAUUUUUUAGACCUACUUACAUAUUUUCAAAUGUAAAUGCUCCGUAGGUACAGCAUCACAUACAUACACCACUACAUAGUGGCGCUUAUGAAUGCUCCGUAUUGCCUCCUUUGAUUUUCGACCGGUGCUUUCAAGGCUGUCACCGGAAAACAUUGCGGCGUAUUUGCGAAUUUCGGAGGAAUUCGGAUUCGUUGAUGUAACUGCCCUCAUUGAGUGGACACUAUGCAAAAAUUUUGAGGAGUUUGCUACGACAACAGCCUUCACCAAACUAUCGAGCAGUCAAUUAAAACGCCUUCUGGCUCGUGAUGACCUCGUCGUUGCCAACGAGGCUACGGUCCUUCGUUCAUUGAUCACUUGGCUCAAUACACAGAUGCUGGACAGAGCAACCCGCCAGUCGGCGUUUGAGGAUCUGUUUGCCCUUAUUCGUCUGCUCCAAAUUCCCGCAAACAUCCUGCAUGACAUAGUAUCAGAGUACAGUGACUGUUCCACAAGUGUCAAAUCUCGGUAAGUCUUUAGAUGUGAACUCAACAAGUUUUCUUUUUCUCCUCAUCGUCACCCUCCCUCAGUUUUUUGCUCGUCAAUACCCUAUUUGCAUGACAGUAGGUACAAAUAAGUUUUGUGAAGAAACACUAGCAGCGCUAAACACACCACGGUUGGUUCUCCCAUAGCCUUAGUCGAUGGAAUGGCAGAGAACGUUUCGGUCAGAUGGGCAGAUCAAGUUCGCAUCACCAUACGUGAACUGCUGACCGAGGCAGCUCCCAGUGUCGAGUCAGUCGACUAAUAAACUUAUGAAGCCGUAACACCACAGAUAACCUAUUAGUAGUGUCUAGCGUUCAUUCAAAAGUUGGCUUAAAAGUCGCCCAGUUCUUUGACCGCAAACUCUCGUCAUUUGUGGACGAUGAAAUCUAUUCCACUUGUGGCACCACUGUCUUUCCGCGCUGCACACCGUCAAUGUAAACGUAGAGACGUAAGUGUAAAAAGCAGGAAGAAUGAUCUGUAGCCGCAGCGAAUCAAUUAAAAUCAGAACUGUGAUAAUCAAUCGCGACUUCUGUACUCCGUUCCAACUGAUGACUUUGACAUACAGUAGAUGGGCUUACUCAUGAAAUGUCAACCAAAAUUUUGAAAUGCGUUCUCGUUUCGAAAAUAUAAAUUAAGUAGUGUUGUAAAACUAAUCAUGAUGCAGCAUAAACCUAUAAUGAUCCAGUUACCUCAGGGUGUCGGCUUUCGAAAGAACUUAUUUUCGGCUGCAUGCAAGAUCUAUACUCUGCAAAAAAUGACUACCUAAGUAGUAUGCAAUUUUCUCAUUAAUUUUCGAUGCCCUUGAAAAUUCCAUUAUAUUUCAUGGAAAACAUGCAUAAAAAUAUUCAAUCUUCUACUUAUUUGGUAGAAAAUCACGUCCUCUUCCAAUUUCAUACUCAAAAAAGAGUAUAAGUCGGUUUUAAAAAAGUUUCUAAUUCCCGAAUAAUUUUGAACCCGACCUGCUGUUACACUUGCAUUCAGGGUUUCAAAACUACAAGCUGUAUAUUUUCCGUGUACGGAAAGCCAUGCAUUUCUCUACGGUGUUAAGAGGAGACCAUAUGAGGUUCAUAAAAUUAAGCAGUGGAUUUGAGCAAUAUUGUCAACUUUACAAGCCCCAUUCGUAAAUGCAGAUACAUGACGUUUCAUGAACGGCCAUUUAACCUAAUUAUACCCUUUUUUGAGUAUGAAAUUGGAAGAAGACGUGAUUUUCUACAAAAUAAGUAGAAGAUUGAAUAUUUUUAUGCAUGUUUUCCAUGAAAAAUAAUGGAAUUUUCAAGGGCAUCGAAAAUUAAUGAGAAAAUUGCAUACUACUUAGGUAGUCAUUUUUUGCAGAGUAUAGAUCUUGCAUGCAGCCGAAAAUAAGUUCUUUCGAAAGCCGACACCCUGAGGUAACUGGAUCAUUAUAGGCUUAUGCUGCAUCAUGAUUAGUUUUACAACACUACUUAGUUUAUAUUUUCGAAACGACAACGCAUUUCAAAAUUUUGGUUGACAUUUCAUGAGUUAGCCCAUCUACUGUACUUGGUUAUAGUGUCUAUUUGGUGCUAGCUUCUGGUAGUCAAAUUCUUGACUUCCGAGUUCUAUGCGGUCCGGUGUGGAACAGGUAGAAUCGGCCCUGAAUUGUUCCCCCAAGGUCAUUUUCUUAUGCGGCACAUUGCAUGAUCAUCCAGCUCUCUUGGUAACUGUCCCCGUAUGGUAACUUCUCUGCUUUACUUCUGUGCCGGUGAACUACAGUGAGUGACCGAUCUCAUGAAAUGUUGGCUAGAAUUCUGAAAUGCGUUUUCGACUAGGAAGGACUACUUAGGAGCGUUUGUAAUGCUGGUUAUCUUGCGCCAUAAUACUAUAAUAUUUCUGACUUGGCAGGAUAUCGGCUUUUGAAUACACUGCUUUUCAAUCUCCCGUAGAGGCCCCACUCGGUAAAAAUGGCUACUUAAGUAUCAUGCAUUUUUUACCUUGAUUUGCGAUGGUCUCGUAAAUUUAAAUAUAUCUUAUAGAAACCAUAAACAAAAAUAUGCUUUCUUUCAGUCGUUUGAUAGAGAAUUGCACCUUCUUUAUAGUUUAGGCUCAAGGAAAGAGUAUAAUUAGGUUUUAAAAAAGUCUUCUAAUUGCCGAAUAAUUGGAGCCUGAUCAUUUGUUGCAUUAGCGCUUACUGAUCUCAUUCUACAAGGUGCAUGCGUUCCGCGUAAUGAAAAUAACAUAAUUCUCUAUGCCGUUAGACGGAUAUCAUCAGAGUCCAUAAAAUUUCGCCGUGAAUGCGGACUAUGCUGUACAUUUCAUGAGGAGCCGCGGUGAACGGCCAGAUACGAUGCUAUGUGAAUGGAGAUUGCGAGGUCUUCAGAAAUCUCAUAAUUAGAAACUUUUUAAAACCUAAUUAUACUCCUUCCUUGAGCAUAAAAUAUAAAGGAAGUGCAAUUCUCUAUCAAACGACUGAAAGACAGCAUAUUUUUGUUUAUGAUUUCGAUAAGAUAUAUUUACAUUUGCAAGACCAUCGAAAAUGAAGGUAAAAAUGCAGGCUACUUAAGUAGCCAUUUUUUACCGAGUGGGGCCUCUAUGGGAGACUGAGAAGCAGUAUAUUCAAAAGCCGAUAUCCUGUCACGUCAGAAAUAUUAUAGGAUUAUACCGCAUGAUAGGCAGUAUUACAAUUGCUCCUAAGUAGUCCUUCCUAAUUGAAAACGCAUUUCGGAAUUUCAGCCAACAUUUCACGAGAUCGGUCACUCACUGUAGUUGAUCAGGCUCAGCAGCUUGCCAAUGCCUGCCUAGACUUUAAUGCUUCGCCCAAAAUGGACGUUGUAGGCCGUCUUCUCCGAGAAAGUGCCCGUGUGUCGUAAGUUCGUAAGAUCUGUACUAUAGCCAUCAUAUUGGAUUUCCCUUGAGAUCGAUCAACACCUCCUGGACUUCUAGACGCACAUCCAGUACCUUUAGGUGGCAUUAACUCCUUAAGCCCUCUGCAAUUUAGCUGAUGAAUUUGACUUACCUGACUGCCAUAAGCAUUUGAUACUGCCUUCUGUCAGGCAAAUUUUCGAAAUGCGCCUUCGUCGUGCUCCGCACGGAACGGAUCGGGUCAGCUUUAAGUCGUCUUCCAAAAUCCUUUACUUGCGUGGUCCAUUGCGCAAUCAACUAAUUCCCCUGACAGCUAUCGUCACAGGAUAACUUUUUGGUGUAUCAAAAGAAACUGUCUUAAAAAUUGCAUAACAAGUAAACACAACUUGUCUCCUUUGAUAGGGAACUCAUUCAGCGGGCCCAGCAGUUUGCCAGCGCCUGUUCAACAUCAGUCCUUCAGCCAGAAGAAGCAUUGACGGCCACCUUCUCUAGGAAACCACGCGUCUACCGUGAUUCUGGCAGACCUGUGUUAUUUGCCCUCAGUAUUCUGCUCCUUGAGGAAGAUAAAAGCCUCCUGGUAGCGUACGAAUCGCAGCAGGACGCAUGGAACACUGUUGCUCGAAUUGGUUGCAGUUAUGACGUCCCUGUAGUUGGCUUUGGUGGUACGUUCUGUUCCUUGUUCACUAGCUUCAACAAGCAGACUGUUUUUUUUACCAGAGUCUCGGUACCUGCUUACUUCCACAAAUUUUAUUCAGACUUGUGCAGGCGCAUCCGUCAGCGUUGCGUUUUGCAGUCAUUUGUACCUGUAAGAUUACUUACGGUGUGCGUGUGUGUGGGGUGUAGAGGUGUCCAUAUGUGGGUCCAUGUGAUUGUCGUAGUAUGUCGCUCACUUGCUUGCAGGUGUAGACUACUCCUAGCGUUCAUUAACUAACACCCAACUCUUACGUGUGGCCCCCCGAAGCUAGGCUACGCCUAACGACCACGCCCCAGUAACCGCCUCGACAGGGGGGCUAAGCCAGUUUGAGGGUAUCCGGUGUUGUUGUGUUUCUACACCCGGUAACGCUUCUUCCUCUUCCCCCUCCACUACUCCCUCGCCGUUCCCCUCCACCCUUUACUUACCCCUCCUGUUUUCUUCUACCUACUGUCUACUCUGUUUACUCUCUGUUCUUCUCUUUCCCCAAGUAAAUAAAAUGAUUCUCUAAUCGAACCCUGCGAUCCUUGGUGGAGAGCGGUAUCCGUCUGAUGUGAUUAAGCAGUCCCAGUUAAGGAGAGCACUGCUUAUCCCCACUAUGGGUGGGGGGCUAUAAAAGGUGCUCUGAUAGGUUGCUGGGUUAACAACAUCUGCGCGCAGACCGUAGACUACAAUACCUGCAUUCGAAACCGUCACACGAGAAACAGUAAUCUCUCUUUUCCUCCCUCCAGCCUUCUGCCCUCCGCCGCAUUCUGGGUUCUCCGUGAUAAAUUCUUUCUAAAAAUCCGAUCGGCUAAGUGUUUUUAUUCAUACGUCAGCUGAAUAACCUAGCCAAAACGUCGAUAUAGGUUUACUUUUUAUGGGUACUCAGUGCGUUAUAUUUUUUAUAACCUGUAUCAUUUAAAUAACGCAAUAAUUGGUAACAAUCGAGAGAUGGCACCCAAAAAAAUCCUCCUAACCAGAGCAGCCUGUCUUACGGGACAGGUGGUAAUAGGGGUUUUAUGGGUGGUGGCUAGUUGGGAUGUACGAUACUAGCCGACGGAAAGCCUUAUUUGAACAGGUGAAUGAGCGAAGUUGGCCCGCUCUCUGUUCCGUUAUUACAAAAUAGGUCGCCGAAGGCAGUAUAGUGGCAACGGGCGAGUGGAAGACGUAUAAUCGUCUUCCCUCAGAAGGUUAUCUACAUUUCUCUGUUAACCACUCAAAGAACUUCAAGGACCCUACAACUGGACGACAUACCAAUGCCAUUGAGGCAUACGGGAGUAGACUGAAAAGGAAACUCCACGGGGGAGGCCCUGUAUGUGGUCGAGCUGUGUGGGCUCACAUAGACGAAGUACAGUACCGUCUUUGGUUUGGCCUCAAUGUCAUGUCUUUGACAGAUGCCUGGGAACUGUUCCUGUCCUAUAUUGUGCAGACUUAUCCUAUUUAAAAGUGAUUUUGUUUUGUAAUAAACUGUCUUAGUGCGAAUGUAUGCCGUAUAAUCAGGUGUACGUGUGUAACGAUGGGGAAGGUUGGGUAACAGCGACCAUCAUCCAUGUAACCUCCUGCGAUGUUCGUUCGGCCAGCCCAUGUUAGGCUGUCGGGGAAAGUCCAAGUAGUGCGUGAAAAUAGGCCUGCAACCGCUGAUAUAGCCUGAAGGCGUUUGAGUGCACUGUUAAAGGUAUUAUUUCUAGGUAACGGAUUUUUUUGUGUGCCAUCUCCCGAUUGAUACCCAAUAAUUUACUUUGAAACGUCUAACAAUGUCGACAGCUUUACAGAUAGAGAGUUUUAGGAUUAAGAAUAAUUCUGUUUCUAUGGUUCGAACAGACUCCAUUUACGCAUUCGGAGAAGCAAGAGGAAGCAAGAACUUGGUGAUUUUUACACCAGGCACCGGCGAGCGCAGACGAGGCUCUGCAGCACCUGGAGGCCAGUUAUGCCAUCGUGCCGUUGUUUUCGGCAAGAAGAUCCUCGUCGCGAGUACAGUCAGCAGUUCCAGUCUCUACAAUCCUCUUUCAGACACGUGAGUUUACGCUACCCUCAGCUAAAAUGUCGACAAAGACUUUCUCGGGUCAGAUUACGAGAAUUUGGGGUUCUAGAAGAAGAUUGGGAAACAGACGACGAGGUAGUUAUGGGAACUGCGUAUGGAUGUACUAAAUUACAGCAUUUCCACCCAACGACCUAGAAAACACUCACUUCAGAAGUGCAUUUGACGAGCUGACGCGUGCUUUCGACAAAUUCUUAUCGGUCCUGUACGUUUAUAUGGGAAGGAGGUAAAAACUGAACGUGUGAGUGAUAAGUGCAAUCGAUUACGGUUCGUCCUUUCAUACAAACAUACAAUACUUACUUCGCUAACUAGGCUGCGGUUCCCCGACAAGGAAAGGUGUCUGUUUGGGCCAUUGUCCAGCCUCUCCAACUAUCGGUCUCAUCCACCUCUAGACAUUGUUGUCACAAAUAAACAGCCCUCAAUUCAUCUGAGCUGCUUCAUUUCCCAUCGGAUGAAAUAAAACUGGUGAAUGCUUGUUAUUUAAAUUUACAUUAGAUUAUUCCUCCACCUCUCUGUUUGCACGCGCGAUACUGGCUCGGAACUCUGGGCUUCGUCUCUGUUGGCGGUGGCAUGACGAAAAGAAAUCCAGGAUGAACUGCCAUUACGGGUUCAUUUGAUGGCAUCCACACCACGUUCCAAGUCUUGGGACACCGGCCAUGUUAUGUUCUGUAACCAACAUCAGCUAAGAACAAUCCCUGGGACUCGCAAUGUUUUCGAUCGCAGAUCCUAAAUCCAUGAAUUAAAGAAUGGAACGUCUGACGCAACUGCUCGAUCGAUCAAAGCUCCAAGUUCAUGGAUCGCAAUUGGAAGAUGGCGAUCUUUUUACGGCAGAUAAAUCCACAGUGGAUAUUAUAGGCUUCCCUACCUUUGACUGCGUUCCAGCUGCAUUGUUAGGUGUUUGGCUUAUUUUGAAAUUUACACAGACUGGAUUGGUGACCGAUUGAGCCUCUCCCAGACAUCAGCCACAGCGACUGACCCGAUAACAGGAAUCGCCACUUUAUCCUCCUUAUCGUUAGUAAUCCUUGGGGGUGAAUGAUAACUGCCCUAUUACGUCUCAACCCCUGGCGGUUCAUGAGACAAUGAUAUUAGCCAGUAUGUCCACCUCCCUUCUAGGUGGUCCGAGGGGCCGGGAUGCGAGUUCGAUCUGACUAUUUCCUGCUUGAUCUCCGUUCGUGAGCGUCAUGUCCUGGCCCUGAGCACUUACACGGAGGAUCCAAAAGCGUUCUGCUGGUCUCCGCUUGUCGUCAAACCGGGCACCAUUGGGAGCCAAGCAGAAGCAAAGAAGUGGACAGAAAUGCCGUUUCCUGACUGCCAGCCCAGUAAUGUCAGCGGUGUAGAAGUUAACGGGCAGAUUUUCGUGGUUGAGAUGGCAUUCAAGGGCCAAAGUAACCAAUUAGCAAUGUUCAUUUCCGUGAACGAUGCUCACCCCGAUGCUUGGGUACCAGAGGGGCAGUGGACUGUAAUUACUGAAAUGCCCUUCCACAGCAACAAAUUCAGCAUGGUCCUUGCGGCUGGUGAUAUCUACAUCAUGGGUGAGUUCCUUGCGGUUUCACCGUUCAUUCUGUCUGGUUUCUAUUCCGCACGAAGCUUGUCGUCUCAAACUUUAAAGUCUGGUAGUUUUCAAGGUGCCCCCGGCAAAGUAGGCAUAAACGAAGAGUGUGGGCAAUGGAACACCUAACAUAAUGGCAACUCGGCAGUGUAGGAAGUUCACCUUUAACAUGCCGACAUACGCAAAUUUGGACCAGUACGUGUCUGAAUCUCUGACCAUAAAUUGAACUGAGAUCCUUCCGAUCUCCCGAUGAAUUAAUUGUGAUCAUCGAACUGACCUCAUAUGUCCUGUGCACGUGACUCUCAGCAUUAUUUCACUAACGAGGACGCGUAGUCGUCUUCGGGAAAGACCGAACUCGUCCAGAACUGUUAAAUCGCACUUUUCGGGAACCUUGAUUUUCCUCACUAAUCCUUUUUUUGAGGACUUGCCCAGCACUCUAUGUAGCCAUUUCAUCUUUCGUCCACACGCUGUAUAAAGCCUUUUUUAACUGCUGAGUGAAACUCUAGGCGACUAGACCUCCGAUAAUUAAAGGCGACAGAUUCCCCAUGUUAGUGGCGCCACACUCAUUAAUGCCCACCCCCUGAAUAAACUGAUCCAAUCAAAUUAGCGUCAGUGGAAAUCUGGCCAAUUCCUGCGCCCCGUGAUCCUAUCAGGCGUGAACUGUUGUAAAGUUUACUUUUACACGCACUGUGCAUACAAGUUUGUCAGGUCAGGGCGAUGUCACUUCUCGACGGCCACUUCAAGCUACAGUACUACAAAGCAGGACGAUUGUUUCUUUUUUGGGCGAAUUUCAGUCUACCACAGGGUAGCGCAGCAGCGAGGGUCAAUUCGGCAAUGAUACUUAGGGGACCUUGCACCGGUCAGAUCUCAUUUAGUCCGUUGUAAACCUGAUUUGACCAACGCUCGUGCCGGUAAAUGUGCGUUUAGGAAGCAGCAGCAGCAGCAGCAGCAGUCCCCUGAUCAGUGGAAUCCGAUUGACUGUAGAUCGCAGCCAACUGCCAGUACGCACGCGAGUACAGCUUAGGAGGGGGACCAUCGUUCCACGUGGAAUAACCUCAAAGUUAUGGAAAGAAGAACUGCUUUGUUCAGGGUGUUCUACUAGCAUUUUCCGCAUUUAUCAAGUCCAAAUAGGUGAAAUUUUCCACGCAUGUGUAAAUUCUGAGCAGUGUAUGGCCACGAUGUUCCUUAUUCAGUGGAAAAUUGUGUCUUUACAUUACAAAUUUCUUUCUCAUCCACAAGGGGAAUUAACGGCAGCUCUUUUCGAUUUUUUUACCAGGUGAACAUAAAUUGGAUUCAGACGACACAGCAAAUGCAAUGGUGUUUCUGCCAAUGGUCGAAGAUCGUAGGCCUGGGAAGCCCCCACAACGUUCGUCGGUAUGUUUAUCAGCGGGACCUUGUCGGAAACAGAAAUGACGGCCAUGUUAUUCUCAACUGCCUGACCAAAACUAGAGCUGCAUAGGCCACAUCAUCUUUGGUGCCAAGUGUAAAGUAACCAGACGAAUAAACGUCUGCAGCAGAAAGCCGUAGAUCCGAACCGAUCAGAUUGGUCGCUAUCCUAGAGAAUAUUUCUACGAAUGUUCGGGUUACCACUUGACAGAAUACCCCAAGCUGCUGCAACAAAAGUUAAGUUUCCGUUCAUGAGAAAAAUUGGAAUGCCAAUUUCGGAUUACUCGUCCAAUCGAUGUAUCACACAGCCCUGUCCCGCGGAGUGAUUCUUGCAGGUUUGAAAAUUCCACCUGAAAAGGAAAAACACAGUCGCGAUAAAUUUCCAACUGCACAGAAGAGGAGGAAACGCAAUCUUCAGGAGGUCAUGCGCAAAGAGUCCCGGUGCGUCUGAAAGACCUUAGAUCCCGUAAUGGCCUAAACAAUGGACAGACCCGCAGUCCUCCCCUAAUGCCCCGGAUCAGAACAUGGAGGUAAUUGGGGUUAGGGUCCGGGUGGGGUCAGGGUUAAGUUUAAGGCUAGGACUGGGGGAUAAGGGUAGAGUUACAGUCGAGGUUUGGGUUGAGGUUAGUGUUAGGGUUAAAACUCGGAGAUAUUUACCCUUUCUGAGGUUUAACGUAAGAUCACGCAAAUUACGUGGGAGUUUUCCUACCCCUAUGUCUUGCCUGGGGAGGGAAGGUGGAGAGGAAAUAAGCAACUCCGACCCAGGCUUUCUAUCAUAUUUACGCACCAGUGCGUAGACCUGUAAAAUGCGAACAUUUUCGCUGACGCAUGUACCACUGAAUUCAGCCGCUUUUCUUAAAAAUAUCACAGAGGAUAUGCCGACCAGUGACGUAUUUCACUAGCCCUCGAACGAGAAUGCCUUCCACUGAAGUGAAAGUGCGAAAUGUUCUGACCCUUGCUUUGUAAGUCGCCUAGGUGUUGUGACCUGCCAGACGAAAGAAAAAUCAUCAGUCUCAUCUGACAGAGGUAAGAUGUGACUUCUUCAGCAGAAUCUAGGCCUCAUUAUACGCAGGUUUUUCCAUACUUCCGUAGAGUUAUCAUCUAGUCAUUUAAACGUUCCUCUAUCCUAAGAGAUGAUGGCCACUGAUUAUAAUGGUAAGCAUUAUGAUGGUUAGGGGGAUGUAUAAGGCGUUAAGUGUGCAACCUUCCAAAAUUGGUCAAGUGCGCGUUCAGAAGCCGGAUGAGAGAUGAUGAGUGUGAUGGAUCUAACUACUAACUACUAAUGACCGCCUCUGAUGUGAAGGACAGGGAGACGAUUUGAUCGUGGAAGCCGUAUUCUGAGAAAUUCCUUUAACCUAGAAAUGCAAUUUUGUACAUAUGAAUGUCACGAGAAGCUAAUUGUGAAUCAGCGACUCCCGACAGUAUAAACCGCGGUUUUGUAGGAAAGCAUUUAGCCCAACAUUCGUUUGGCGAGGUUGAGCGUUCUAAAAGUAAAACAUGCCUAUAGCAUUUGAGCCAUCAAGGAUUUCCAUAAGUAAUCGGGGUACUUUCAGCUAAAAAUAACCUAGUGCGUAGGAUUCGUCCCACUAGAGUUAGGACUCUUUUUGGACAAAUCCUGCAAUCAUUAUUACCUCUUCGGUGGAAUGAACGGUGUUAGGGCAAGUCUGCCUAAAAGCGGUUGCUUGGUUAAUGGAAAACUAGAAUUUAGGCCUUAACAUUUCCCCAGGUGUGCGCGAUGUUAGCUCUGAUUAUGUCUACUUUUGUCUAUGUGUUUGGUAGGCCAGAGUGGUCCUAAAUCAGGCCAUUUGGUUGAUGCAUUGGACCAACAGGGGACUCAGUUUUAAGAAAAGGGCAGUUAAUUUGGAUGGAACGAUUUUGUGGAAUUCACUGAAUGCUCCUGCUUCUCUUACGGCAGACGACCGGUUUCCCGACACAAAUUCGGCAGCCUCACAAGCUCAUUUAUCUACAAAAGUUUUUUCUUCCUUUCCUUUAGAGCGCCCAGAUGUCAUCAUGGCGGUGGUGGCCGUUGGAAAAACUUGAGAGGACUGAUUUCUAUGAUCGUGGAGGUGUUUUCUUCCAGCCUACUCAUAAAAAUGCUAUUAACAGUUCAUAA